AUGAAUGAAAACGAUAAUUUACAUAUUCAAAAUGAAAUAAAAGAAGAGACUGUAAGAAAUAGUAAUAAUGGUAAAAAUAAAGAGAAUAAUUUCAUUAAAAAACGAAGAGAAAAAGAAAUAAAUGAUAUGAAUUACGAGCUAAAUAAUAAGACUAUAGAAAAUGAAAUUUACUCUAGUAAUAUAAAAUUAUUUUGUAAAUUAAAAAAAAAAUAUUUACAUAUUAGAAAAAAGAAUAAAAUAUCACUACAAAGUAAAAAAAGAAAAAGAAAAAAAAAGCAUUUAUGUAAAACUUUUUUUGAUUUAACAUCAAAAUCAUUAAUAAAUAUAACUAAUUAUGUGAAUAAACAAUAUAAUCAAAUGAAAUAUUUUUGUAUAAAUUCUGCUACCAAUAUAAAAAUUAAGCACUUCAUAUAUAUAUUAAUAAUAUAUAUAUUGAUAAAUAUAACAUUAUUCAUCUUUUCUACAUUUGUAUAUUUCUUUUUAUAUUUUUACAUAAUACCCCAGAAUAAAUACACAUAUCCUAUUGAUUUUUCUUUAGUUAAAAACCCAAUUGAAGAUUACUUAAAAAAUAAAAAUAAUAGUAACAACAAAGCAAAUUUUAUGAAUGAAUCAAAAAUUUCUAGUUUGAACAAAAGUGAAGAAUUAUACCUGAAUCAUUUAAAUUCUAUUAAAAGAGAAAUUUUAGAUAGUAUAAAUAAUAAACAUACUCAUUGUUUCUCAGAAAAGUUUCCUGAAAAUAGCAAUUUUCCUUUUUUAAAUAAAAAUAUAAGUUAUUCAAAUAAUGAAAAAUUAUUUACUUUUGAUAAUGAAAUGGAGCAUAAAAAUAUGCGAAAUAACAUAUUAACAGGAUAUAUAAAUUUUCAAAAUAAUUUAAGUGAAAGUUCAUAUUUUAAUAAACAUUUUUUUUAUAAAUUUUUUAUGCCUUUUUUUAAAAAUAAAAAAAAUAUUCUGAAAAUAAAAAAAGGUUAUAAAAUUGAUGUUCUUCUGAAUUUCUCAUAUAUAAAUAACGAAUACAACGAUAAAUUAUAUUUCAUUCAACUAGUAACUGAAAUAUUUAAUAAAAAUAAUAAUAUUCUUUUAAGAAAAGAAAAGUUAUAUAUUAAUAAUAAAAAUUAUGAGUUUAUAAAAAAAUUACAUUUAUUUUUUAAUACUCCAUUUUAUUUUUUUAAUGUGCAUAAUAAUCAAACUAAAGAAAUACUCUUGGUAAAUGACUAUGAAUAUGUUACAGAUUUCAGUAAAAUUCAAAUAUAUAUGAAUCCCCCAAUUCAAAUAUAUAAAGCAUACGUAGUUAUAUUAGUAUAUGUUAAUUUUAUUUAUUAUUAUAUGCAUAAAUACCCAUUUUUAUUUUUUUAUAUUUUUGUUUUCAUUUUGUCAUCAUUCCUAAUUUUUAUCAAUACUAUCUUUUUUUUUUUUGUCUUAUGCUAUUAUUUCUUGAUUAAUUAUUAA